ACAGCUUAUCCAAAGACAAAGUAGGAAAAAGAGGGGGGGAGAAAUGGGUGUCCUUCAAUGGAGUCCUCUAACCUCUGUAUCACUAUCUCUAUCUGUAUCAACUAUGGCUAUCACUGCUACCCCAGUCUCCAGGUUCCUUGUGAAACCUAAUGAUACGCAUCUGAAAUCUUUUAAUGGAGUUAGGCUUCAUGCUCCUUUUACUGUCAAACAAAGAGAUGGAGUGAUUGUUAAGGCUUCUUCCGACGUUGAUGGAGUGGCUCCUGAUGGUGGUGAGACUCCACCAGAGGGAGAAGAAGAUGUUGUGCCAGUGGAGAAUCUUCCAUUGGAGUCCAAGCUACAGUUGAAGCUUGAGCAGAAGUUGAGGAUGAAAAUUGCGAAGAAGAUUAGGCUUCGAAGAAAACGUCUUGUCCGGAAGAGACGGAUGAGGAAGAAGGGCCGAUGGCCACCUUCUAAGAUGAAGAAGAACAAGAAUGUUUGACCACCUAGCUCAAGUCAUCUUGCAGGUUUCAAACUUGGUGACUUGCAUGGAAGAUGAGAAGAAUUUCAGGGCACUCAAGUAUGUCUACACAUAGGCAUCUGAAGCCCUUCUGCAAGUGUGACUAAUAAGAUCCAUCUGUAAUUUGUUCUGGCCUCCAUUAGCAACGUACAUGGCAAAGUUGUUGUAUUGCAAAUUUUUUCUGAGAUUGAAUUUUUACAUUGAACAUUCAGUGGCUAUCAACUCAGAAUUAAUUUUGAAAGAUUUACUUUUGAUGCCU